AUGACAACAACAAUCACAAUCGCCUCCGGAACAACCCCCGCAUCUAAUAUCCCACUGACAACGGUCUUCACCCCGCCAGCCUCCUGCGACAACUUUUCCUGGAUUUCCUCUGAUUGUCUGGGGACAACCUGCCGGGGGGUGUAUAACAUUGUACGCGCGACAGAAACAGAAUGCUAUCCCUCUGGUUGGGCGAGUUCGGCAACGACGUUCUCGCCGGGGCUGGUGUGUCCGAGUGGAUAUUCCAUCGCAGCUACGACGUUGGCUUCAUAUGGUGUUGCUAGUAUCGAGACACGCGCGACAUGUUGUCCCAGUGGGUUCACCAUUGCAACUGAAAGCCCACUGGCUUGGUACACACCCGAGCCCUGUAUCAGAACAACCGAUGUCGCUACUACUAUUACAUUCACUGUCGUUGGCGUCACACCUGCUACUACGACGGCAUACACCUGGACCACUCCUAUAUAUCAUGCAAUGCCUGUCGGUAUUGCGUGGCAGUCGUCCGACACAAUAUCUACGUCGGUAGAUGUCACACCCACAGCGACAAGUGAGACAAAUCCGGCAACAACAAACUCAGCAAGUGCAACGACAAGUGCAGCAUCUAGCUCUGGAGGAAGUAGCUCAGGUCUCUCGACUGGCGCAAAGGCCGGCAUCGGUGUUGGUGUCUCCGUCGGCGUGAUUGCCAUUGCCCUCGCUAUCGGCGCAAUUUUCUGGCUGCGACGGAGGAAGUCCUCAAAUAGUCACCAGCAGGUUUCCAGUGGAUAUGGGUCGACGGCAAAGACCCCUAGUCAUGGGGUUCCUACUGAGCUGGAGGUUAUGUCGUCAACUUCUGGGGCGACUGAAUUACCGGCCGAGGGUCCCAGGCUCCAUGAGCUUAAAGGGUAA